UUUUUUUUCAUAUAUAAAUAAUCACUAAUACAACAAUGGUGGGCCGUAAAGAUAAGCUCCAGCAGAUUAUGACCCAGCCGAUCAACCAGAUCUUCCGGUUUUUCACGAGCGGGACUCGCGUGCAGAUCUGGCUUUACGACCAACCUAAUUUGAAGAUAGAAGGCAAGAUACGUGGAUUCGACGAAUAUAUGAACAUGGUUCUAGAGGAUGUAGAGGAGCUCUACGUAAAGAAGCAGGAACGCAGGGCUUUGGGCACUAUUCUGUUAAAGGGUGAUGCCAUGGCUUUGAUCACCGCGGCGCCAUAAAGCGCGAUACCUAUC